AUGCGUCUCCUCCCCACAGCCAUCGCGGCAUCAUCGCUGCUCGCGGGCAUCGUCACCGCCACGCUCCCCAACAAAGGAACCUUCACCUACGACGAGCACAGCUUCCUGCUCAAUGGCAAGCCCUACCAGAUCCUCGGCGGCCAGAUGGACCCCCAGCGCAUCCCGCCCGAGUACUGGCGCCAGCGCCUGCAGAUGGCCAAGGCCAUGGGCCUCAACACCAUCCUCUCCUACAUCUUCUGGGACAGCAUUGAGCCCGUGCGCGGCCAGUUCAACUUUAAAGGGCGCAAUGACCUCGCGCACUUCUUCGACCUCGCCAACAAGGAAGGGCUCAAGGUGGUGAUCCGCCCCGGCCCCUACAUCUGCGGCGAGCACGAAUGGGGCGGUCUUCCCUGGUGGCUGUCGAAUAUUGACAACAUGGCUAUUCGCCAGGACAAUGCGGCCUUUUACAAUGCCUCCAAGGCGUACAUUGACCGUCUGGGCCACGAGCUGCGCCGCUUCCAAAUCUCCCAUGGCGGACCCAUCAUCAUGACACAGCUCGAGAACGAGUAUGGCAGCUUUGGCAGCGACAAGAAGUAUCUCCAGGCCCAGGCAGGCCUGCUGCGCAACAACUUUGACACGCCCAUCUACACUACGGACGGUGGCGGCGUGGACUAUCUCAAGGGCGGCACGCUGAGCGGUGUCCUGGCUGCUGUUGAUGGCUUUGAUCCUAUCCCCGCGUUUGAGGCGCGCCAGGAAUAUCUCAAGACUGAUCCUACCGUUGGCGGCCCGCUGAUGCAUGGCGAGUUCUAUACGAGCUGGCUCGAUCUCUGGGACAGCGACUAUCCUCACAGCACGCCGACGUAUGCGUGGAGCGGUAUCCCCGCCAUGGUCGACUCGCUGGAUAAAGUUGUCAAGGGAAACAACUCGUUUGGCCUCUACAUGUUCCACGGCGGCACCAACUUUGGCUUUGAGGGUGGCUCGACCAACAGCGGCAAGCAGGGCUCCGUGACAUCCAGCUACGACUACGGCGCGCCUCUCGACGAGAGCGGCCGCGUGACAGAACUCUACUCUGCUAUUCGCAAGAUGCUCGUUGCCAACUUGCCUGCUGGAUCUGUGCCCGAGGUUCCCGCUACGCCGCCCAUGCUUGCGGUUCCCAAGUUUGAGCUCAAGCCCGUCUCUAGCCUCUUUGAUGUCCGCGUCGACAAGCCCACGCUUCACGCCGACCAACCCGUCACCAUGGAGGCCCUGGACCAGGCCACAGGCUUCAUCUUGUACCAGCACACCGCUACCGAAGACGCGACGGGAGCCGUUCACGCAGGUGACCAUGCCCGUGACCGCAUUAUUAUUCUGGUCAAUGGCGUCCGCGCGGGUAUCCAGGACACGGCGCAGGUUCCCCUCAAGACUGUCAAUGUCACUCUCAAACAGGGUGACGUGCUGCAGCUGCUCGUCGAGAACAUUGGCCGCGUCGACCACACACACGAGAUGAAGGAGCAGCGCAAGGGUAUUGUUGGUGCUAUCAAGGUGGGCGACAAGGCGCUCACCGGCUGGGACAUGUUCUCGCUGCCCCUCAAGGACAUCUCGGCCGAGAGCAUUGCCGAUGAUAAUGGCCCUCCCAACAUCAAGGAGCAAAAUGGCCCCGUCUUCUACACGGGCAGCUUUGACGUGCCCAAGGGCGUCAAAAUUGGCAUGGCUGCUGACACCUAUCUGUCGUUCCCAGCCGGCGUCAAGGGCCAGCUCUGGGUCAAUGGUAUUAACUUGGGCAAGCUCUGGCACAUUGGUCCCCAACAGAGCCUGUUUGUGCCCGGCGCGUGGCUCAAGACUGGAAAGAAUGAGGUUGUCUUGUUGGAGCUGGAGCCCACAGCUGACACUAAGUUGGUUGGCGAAGGUAUCACGACUCGCCAGUGGUUCAACCAGCCCAGCCAGGAUAAUUAA